AUGGAUUAAAAAUUGUUAAGCAGAACUCAAUCCAAAAAUUAGCACCCUAAAAGAAGUGAGAGAGUGAAGAAUAAUAAAUUUAAUCUGAAUGAGAAAACCUCAGCUCAUAAGAUAAUAAAGUCUUAGAGAUUGAAGAAACUACUAAUAAAUUCGAAAAACUCCUAGUUUUUGGAGGAAGAAGAGACGCUUGAAGAUAGGUGUAGCAUUUGCUUGGAAUAGAUAAAAGAAAAGACGAAACCAAAGAACUGCAGACAUAUAUAUUGCUAGGUUUGCAUUACAUCUUGGACUAGGUUUUCAAAUGUCUGUCCACUUUGCAAAGUAGAAUUCUAAGAGUUGUAAAUUUUUGAUAAAUUUGGAGUAAUUUCUGAGACAUUAGAAGUUUAGAAGCCCAUAGAGAAAACAUAUGAGCUAGAAGAAUGGAUACUAGAUAUGGCAGAUAAUUGCUAUGUUUGUAAUAAAAAUGACAAUGAAUAUUUCUUGCUACUCUGCGAUGGAUGUGACUAUCAACUCUGCCAUACUUAUUGCUGUGGACUUUAAAAUCAGAUUCCAGAAAAUGAUUGGUAUUGCAACUAAUGUAAUGAUUAGAUAGAGGCUAGAAAUAGAGUUAUUGAGUAAAACAAAAAGCUUUAAAAACUAAAAUAGCUCAGCAUCGAAAUUAUAGAUUGUGAGAGUGAAAUUGAGUCAGAUAGUGAUUUUGAGACUGAUCAUACAAUAUCCCAGUAAAGUUCAAUCAAUUUAAAUAAAAAAGAACCAGUUGAUAUAUCUAAGAUUCUAAAAAUGAAAAGCGAUCUCUACAACUAAAGUGAAGAAGAUGAGGAUACUGAAUGUGAGGGUCCACUUGAAAAAUAAUCAGAGAAUAAAUAAAAGCCUUAAGUUAAAAAAAUAGAAAAGGUUUUAGAUAUUGAAGACUCUAUCGAGGACAAACUAUCUAUUGAGAAAGACUAAAUAUGCUAGCUACUUAAUCCACUCUAGAAUAACAGGUCUGGCAAUACUAAUAAGAAAAAAUGCAAAAAUCUAAUUCAUUUAGAAAAUAAGCAAAUAACAAGUCAGAAACGUUAUUAAGAGAAGAAUGGAAAACCCAAGAACAAACAAACUAAAAAGAAUCUGAGUGAGGAGGUAAAUUUAGAUAAUUUAAUUACCUGUACAAAAGUUAAAAAGCAAUAUAAGAAAAAGUAGAACUAUAAUAUAGCUCCAAUCCCGCUAUCUUAAUCAUAAUCAAAGCCUAAGGCAUCACCUUAGCUUAUAUAAGAAAAAUUACCAAAGAAAGAUUUAAAGCAUUGUUCAAAUGAGAACUCCUAUUAAAAAAUAUCAUAGUCUACAUGCUUUUCAUCAACACAAAACAAUGAUUCUUAGAAGUCUCAUCAUUAAACUCAAAAGUAGAAUACUGUUGCAGUUUAAUAGCUUCCAAAGUCAGGAUCUUUGCUUAAUAUAAAGCUACCAGCCUUUAAAACCUAAGCUUUUGGAACAAGAAUAUCAAUAAAUAUAAUUUAGGAUGAGGAAAAGUUGUUUCAAUAAAAAGCAACAAAUGUCAAUUAUAAAUAACAGCAGUUUGAUGAAAUAGCUGAGGAGCUUAGAUAAAAAGAAAUUGAGAAGUAUAAAAGAAAAUAACUUAUUAUUAAAUAAAUGCCAAAGGUUCAGCCUAUUUAGAAGCUGAAUUCACUAUAUGAAGAUGAAAUUCCAAUUACGGCAGAUAUUGAUAGUGAGGAGAGAAUGAAAAUAAAGGAUGAUUUCAAGAGAAGAAGAGAAUAAAAGCAAAAAUAAAAAUAUGAGCAGCAGAGAGCAAAACUUUAGUCAGGAAUAAAUAUAAACUCCUCCUAAAUUAAGUAAAGUAUUAACUCAACAAAAAAGACAGCUAAAAGUGUUUGCUUCAAAGAGUGA